AAGUGGGUAAGUUCAGUCACAUGGCUGUGCUAUUGAAACCUCUUGGUUCAGAUUUAUUUGAAUUCAUUUGGAUAAUUUCAAUGGCAACAUGAGUGGGAACAUCUCUGCUACUGCAAACGGUUUUAAUUUGAACAAAACCACCGACCUGGGGAUAGCUAACAGAGAGCUGCAUGAUGCUGCCAUUGAGUUUAAAGUCUUUAACAUCGCGAUUACCUCUUUAGCCUUGUGUAUCCUGACCCUUACUGGUAUAUUCUGCAGCUUUUCCUAUCACAACCGAAGGAGGCAAUUCAGGCAAGCCAGGGUGUACGAGAACACUGUCGCCCAUGAGAAAGGACAGAUUCCGGUGCAUAUCAAAGGGGUGAAGAGGACCCACAGCUUUCAGCAACGAUUAUCCUUAAUGAGAAAGCAGGAUACUUACAAGGACAGUUCACAGAUUUACUUCAUCUACAGCAACCCCAUUGCAGUCACUGAGGAGGAUAGCAGUGUGAUGUUGGAGGAGGAUCAGAUCCCAUUUCAGAACAUGACGUUACACGGUGAUACACUCAGUGAUACUGAACAGCUGGGAGGUGUUAUCCAGGACCCAUCCACAUUUUACAUGCAGCUCUAAAAAGGGAAGUGUGGGGAAGCUUAAAUCUCUGUAAAAUUAGGAGGCUAUGAGUUCCCAGUCCCUUCAAUCCAACACCUUUGACUACCAAUGAAUUUAACACUUUUAAAACCAAGUUUAAAAAAAAAUAAAAAUAAAGCGGGAGUGGGGGGGUUGAUCUACUGAUCAAUUAUAACUUCAAAAUGUGUUUAUUUUAUUAGACAAAAAUACAAUCUACUGUAAAUAUUUUGAAAUGAUGAAUACAGUAGUUGUUGUUACUAAGUAUUGUAAAUAUGACAGGUAGAUUUGGACAGAUUCUUAAUUCUGUGGAAACUAAAUACAAAAUGUGUCCUGCUGUUUAUUGUUUAUCAUUUAUUUCAACAUUCUAUUGACUGUUAUUUUAUUAACUAAAUGUUACCACAGCUAAUAAAAAUAAUAAUAAUC